AUUGAGGGGCAGCAGAGGCCUGCAGGGACCGUCAGCCAAUACUCAAGGUAACCCAGCCACCAACGUACGUCCCUGCGCCUCCAAAAAGCUCCCCACCUGCUUUGCUUACUGCAGUACGAUAGCUGCCAAACCGCUGCCGCAGCCGACCGUUUCUCUGCAUGCUCUCCCAAGUCGUUAAUUGUUGAAACGCGCCUUUAUCAGCGCGGGGAUCGACAGAAGUACCUAGGUACACUAGCAGCCAUCAUUCCAUCCAAUUUACUGGCGUGAUCGCUCGGUCAUGACGACCACCCAGCCAGAGACGAUGAGCUCAGAGACAGGAGUGAAGAGCCGCAAGGCAAAACGCGCCGAGGCGUCAGAUUACCUCAAUCACUUUGCAAACAACAAAGAAGGGGCGGAGAAGGGUCGCGAGACGCGAAGAGAGGGAUACGCGCAGCUCGUAAACGACUUCUACGACAACUACACCGACUUCGCUCUGGAAGGAUGGGGCCAGUCCUUCCACUUCUGUCGGUACAAUCGCGGGAGGGAGCCCAUGGCCUAUGCGAUCGCCCGCCAUGAGCAUUACAUGGCUUACAAGCUAGGGUUGAAAGAAGGAAUGACUGUUCUCGACGUCGGCUGUGGCGUGGGUGGGCCGGCGAAAGAGAUAGCAGCGUUCGUAGGCUGUAAGGUGGUCGGCCUUCAGCUGAACGAGUAUCAGAUUGCACAGGGCAGGAAGCUGGCCAAAAAGGAAGGCGUGCAGGAGGACGUGGUCGAGUUUGUGCAGGGCGACUUCAUGGAUAUCCCUUUCCCGGACAACACGUUCGAUGCAGUGUAUGCAAUCGAAGCGACUGUCCAUGCCCCAAGCUUGGAGAAGGUCUACGCAGAGAUAGCCCGUGUGCUGAAGCCAGGCGGUCGCUUCGGUGUCUACGAGUGGGCCAUGACGGACAAGUUCGACCCCUCCGUCCAGAAGCACGUGUCCAUUCGCUCUGGUAUCGAGCGAGGAAAUGGCAUCGCAUGCGUGCGCACCGCUACAGAAGCAAAGGCGGCCAUGGAGAAGAGCUUCUCCGUUCAGCUCGCCGAGGAUCUUGCGCUGAGAGGAGACCCGCUCCCUUGGUGGUAUGUCUGCUCUGGCGACACUCAGUUCGCUGAAGAGUGGCGCGACUGGGGUCGUGUGUUUCGCAUGACGCCCGUGGGAAGAGUGCUGCUUCAGGUGAUCGUUCGAAGUCUGGAGCUGACUACGAUUGCGCGGAAGGGCUCCGCGAAGAUGGUGAAGGAAUUGGUGCAGAGCGGAGACUGGCUGGCGGAGGGUGGCAAGACGGGAGUCUUCACUCCCAUGUUCAUGAUGAUUGGUGAGAAGCCGAACCACUCUGGCGAGGCGCUUUCGUGAGGCAGCCCCGAAUGCUGCGGGUAGUGGGGACUUGGAUGGUUAGGGAUGUCCUAACAUGGACGUGUCUUUGUAGAGCAACACGUUGACAGCCGGCAUAUAGUGAUCGGUGGUAGUGCGAUGCGCCGAUGCACUGGAUUGAUGAGGCAGGUGGUUCGCAUCUCAUCCGGACCUUCACGUGCCUCUCCAAAAAGCAAAACUUCUCUUCGCGCAAUCUUGAUUGUCAUGUUCUUCCACGC